CGCCAAUGGAAAACUCAAGCAAUUCUCAAAUUGACCAAAUCGUUUUGCCAGAUUCUGAAGAUUUAGAUUGGGCCCAAAUAACUUACGCUCUUAAUUAUAAACGUAUAUUAUUCAUAAACAAUUACCGGACAUGGUUGGAUUUUUACACCGUGAAUUCCGAAAAUGGCUCUAAAUAUAUGGACUAUAGCCCGGAAGAACUCUGCCAACGUUUUUUACAACGUAUAUUAUCCAAUAUUAACGAUUACUGUUUAACUGAUGAAGAGUUGCAUUUACUUAAUCUAUUAGAUCUGCAUCCAGGUUUUCAAAGAACCGAAAAUGGUUUCAUUGCAAUAAAGCAAAUUGAAGAGCUCACAUUUCCCGUUAAUGAGACGGCUAUAGAAUUACUUAUGACCAAUAGUGGGGCAUUGCAUGGAGCGAACUUUGUUGCCGAACGGAUUGAUUCAAAUGAUCAAAUUGUAAUUGAUGAUUUUGAAGGACAACAUAGUGUACACCGCAGAUUUAAUUUUAAUGAAGAGAAUGCUGCAUUACUUUCGGUAAUUUUGAGUUCAGACGAGGAUUUGCCAAAUUGUGAAGUUUUAACAACAGAGGAAAUGCAUAAGCGUCUAAAAUUGGCUAAAAACCGAUUUGAACAAAAUGGCCAACAAUUGGAAAAUGUUAAUAUUUCCAUGGAUGAUUUGCUAAAGAAACUAAAAGCAAUAAAUGAUUUAAAAUCAGCCAUUUCCAAACUAGUGGAUAAAAGUAUACGCAACUGUUAA